CACUUCAACGGUCCCAGUAUGGCCCAGUCCGCUGCUUAGCUCGGCUGGAGUCAGACCGUUGCAGUGCGCGCGCAGGUGUCCGCGGUGCGUCGGAGUGCCGUGCCGAGUAGUGGCGAGUGGUGACGAAGAGUGCCGAACGCGGGGCGGCAAGGGUCGCGGGUCGCGCGACGUAUAAGCGCGGGUGUUCGGGGUGCGCGCGCACUCGGUCGCGGUCCCGCCGAGGGGUUGGUCGCGCGUCAGCACGUGGCGUCGCCAGUCGGGCCCGAGGGUGUGUGGUGCGCGGGUGCGCGUGUCGGUGCUUCGCCGCGUCGGCCAGCAAGCGCCACCUGGCGGCGGGGAGAGAGACAUGCCGCGCCGUGGCGGUUCGGGAACCGAGCCGAGCGCAGGAAUGUAGCACGAGGAGGGGGCUCGAGAGGCCCGGAGCUAUGCGGGCCCCGGCUCGAGGUGGAUCGUCGGUUCCCGUGGCGAGCAGUCCCGAGGUCGAGGUCCUUAGUCGGAGCAGAUCCUAGGCGGAGCCGCGGAGGCGCGGAGGGUCGUCCAGGGCGCCAUGCGCCGCAAGGCGGAGCUGGUGUGCACCAACUCCCUGAGCCCUGGACCCUGAAGAGACCCGGCUCGAAGCGAGGCGUCGAGGCGGUGAUUGGGUCGUCCCCGGGCGACCCGCCCGGGCGGAGCGAUGUGAAGGUGGGCCCGAGGACUCGCCGGGCCCUACGCGGAGACUUGCCGGGGACUUGCCUGGGACCAGUCGGAGACAGGACCCAGGGAUGCUGAAGCACAUUUCGACGGGGCAGCCGUCUUCGGGGGGCUCCAGCUCCAGGCACCACCACUACCCGGAGUACCAGGGGAGCGGGGUGGGCGGGCUGCACCACCAGCACCACGGGCUGCAGGAGCACCUCCACCAGCACUACCCCAGUCGGGGCCCGGUGCGGCCCGGCAGCGACGUCUACGACUCGGUGAUCCACUCGGGACCUAGGGGCCCCCCGGGUGCCCACCACCCCGCGACGACGACGCCGUCUUCGGGCCACCGACACCCCUUGACGCACUCUCAGCUGAGCGUCAACAACCUCUCGCAGCGACUCAACCACUCGCACGCCCUGAACCUGUCGACGUUGUCCACGUCGAAGCACUCGGUGAACAGCGUCAGCCCCGUGGCGGGGCCCGUCGCGACGGGCCCCGGCCACGUGCAGGCCCUGGACCGUUCCAAGGCCAACGGGGGCCUGGACAUCUCGAGACUCUCCAGGUUACCGAGCCAGGCGACUCCCUCGCCGGCGCCCCUGGCGGCUGCCGUCCUGGUCCCUGGGGCCGCCGGCCCGGGCCACCCCGUCCCGCCCACUCUCGACGCCUCCUGGUCGUGCACCCUCUCUAGGAGGGACCGCGCCCAGGAGGCAGGGGUCAGGGAGAUGCUCACCUCCCUGGGACUCCUGUGCCUGGUGUCUCUUCUCCUGGCUCUCCUAUCCCUCACCUUCCUCCUCAAGAUCUCCCCGCUCACCGUCACGCCUAGCAGCCUCAUCAGCCCCGAGGAGUACGCCAUCGUCUACGAGGUUACCCUGGCGUUGUGCGCCCUGGCGCUCUCCCUCAACCUCUGCUGUCUACUUGUCUGCGCCAUCCAGUUCCUCUUCACCGUCAAGCUCGUCAAGUCCUCCUAUCAGGGGCAUCGGACGAACAAAUACCUGCAGAAGUCGUCCAUCAGCCGAGUUUGCGCCGUCGGAGGGUUCUUCAUUAGCAUUCCGGUGUUCCUGACUGGUAUGAUACUGUACACCUUCAUCCAAUUUCAUUCGACGCCUGCCAUCGUGACAUCGGUCUUCAUCGGCUUGGGAAUCUUGUUCUGCGGUUGCGCCAUGGUCCACAAUGUCUUCGUGUGGCAAAGGGAGAAGACGAACGCGAUAAAGGAGCUGGCGCGCGAACAGUGCGAAGCAGCGGCGCAGCUUCAGCGGCAGCACCAGCAACUACAGCAGCUGCAGCAACAGCAGUCCCAGCAACCGAGGCCGAGCCUGUCGCUCCACCAUGGAGUCUGCGCCCCGAAGAUCGCGAUCGGUUCGUUGGUUCCCUCCUCUCACCCUAGCGCCGUGCCGUCCUCUGGCGGGCGUGGCGCGCAUUACCAUCACCAUGACCACCGCCACCACCGGCACGCGUCCCCAAUGUCAUCCCCUCUUCUUGUUUCGCCGGCAGCACCCCUAGUGGCGACCCACGGACACCAGGUCCACGCCGGUUCGCACCGGAACGUCGCUACGCCGACGACGCCGGCCGAAGGCACGCCCCCCAGUCCUGCCAACACCAGCAAGUUGAACAGGUCCCACUAUCUGCCGCGAGAGGCCACCGGCAGCGUCAGCCCCGGACUGCCGGCGGCGACCUUGGACCUGAGCAGUGCUGCCACCACCAACAGUCCCCACGAACUCUCAACCCUCGUUUAACCUCUUCCCCGUCGACUAGUCCCCUCGUCUCGCUAUGCUAUUUAUUAUGAUUGCGUAUCCGUCGUACUCGAAAUCCGGGAUUUAUCGGGUCCAAGCCUAGUAAUGCCCGGACCUGAUAAAUCCCGGAUUGAGGAGUACGACGGAGACGUAGACAAUGAUUUCACUCUGCCGUUGAAGCCGUUAAGGGGAUGCGAAAGUGGCAUCCGAGAGAUCAAUCGAUUUUUAAACGAUUCAAGUUUUGUGAGUGUCGGAACCUUCUUCGCUGCCUUCAUAUUCACGUGGUGAUGUUUGAAACGAUUCGGUACAACCUGUUCGGAGGGAAGUUUCAUAGACGAGAGGCCUGUGUCGCCACUUCCGCAUCACCUUAAGGUGUAGUGAAACACGUCGGGAAAUUUCGUUGUUUCGUUUAAUUGAUGUCGGUGAUUCCUAUCGUGCAUUCGGACUCUUGCCAUAAUCUAGUAUUGAUGCGAGUUAAGAAAAAGUAUUCGGCGAUGAAAGGAGAGGAACGAGGAGAGUCGCGACCGUCGCGGUCUCGUUGGAUCAUGUCGUAUAUAUAUUUAUUUAUUAAUCGAAGAGAUGAAUUACGGGAUGGCGACUCGUGUCUUGCCUUGUUAUUUAAACGAUAAGAGUCAAGUGUUCUUGAGAGACUUUGUACGAUUUUAAGCGAGACACAUAGUUUCUCUCUUUUUUUUUUUCUCGUUUAGGACGGUAAUUUAGAGCGUAGAGUUACAAUUAGGCCUAAGAGAGAUUAAGUUUAACUGCAAAUCUAAUAUAAAUAGAAAUGUUUUAUACUGAGGUGCGCAGUCGAUUGCGCGCUUCGUACACGUUGCGUACUUAGAGAGAGUGAGUGAGUGUGUUUGUGUGUGGUGAAAGAGUGAGAGAGAAAAGUGGGUGAGAUUGUCGAGAAAAGAAAGAGGAGGCUCGAUUUAUUAUGUUCCUUAAGGUUGACAAGGAACGAGAACAAAAUCCAUGUACAAAGAAGGCUAUUGAUAAGAUUAGAGUGGGAUUGAUGUCCCUCGACAGUUGCUUUGAACCCUUUUCUUUUUUUUUUCUUUUUUUUUCCAAGUAACGCGGAGACACGUCGCUGAAACGUUUUUAACGGGAGAUUAAAUCCGUUUGUUAGUGCCUUAGAAUGUUUAGAGGGUGAGCAAAAACCUCACGAAAUGAGAAUCUCUCUUUUUUUUUUAUUAUCAUUAAUAUUAGUAAGAUCAACAAGAUCUUUUUACGAUCGCAUUGAGAUUCGGUUUUUGGCUAAAAUUUCAUACGGGGGAGAUAUGGAGAUGUCGGUGUAAAGUGAAUGUCGAUUUUUGGUCCAGAUUUUUAUAUAUGUAUAUCUCUAGUAUCUACUUAUAGGAACGAGAAACCCACAGACUGAUAUCAGCAGCCUAUAGCCUUUUAUAGAGGGUGACUCAGAAUUUCCAUACUCUGCGAAAGAUCACAACGGAUAUGAGUUUUAACAUGCCGAAUAUAUCCUGAUCGAGAUUCUAAUUGGAGGUCGAAAUAGGAGUCAAAGUAAGAGAGAUCAAUUAAUAGUACACGCGAUACUUUGCGUAACAAAGCAUGGUUUGAGCGGCUUUUUGCACAGCACUGUAGUACAGUUGGAUUAAGAUAAUGAUACAGUUCGCAUACUAUUAUUGCUCUAAAAAUGCAACGUACCCUGAACUAAAAUAAUAGUACGGUUGCCAAAACUGGCUCCGUCACAGGAAGGUCAAUUUUAGGUACCAAGGCAGUCGCGAAAAGACGUGUAAAUCAUGCUUGCGUUACAUAAAACAAUAAAAAUAGACAGACUAGGUCAAUCGACCUGGAAGUGGAACUCUGAAUCGCCCUGUAUAGACGCGAUGCUCCGCGGACUUUUAUACGUGUCUUUGGGACGUUUGUAUCUAACGAAUCUUUUCCAGAUUUCUACGAGGAGUGCGAAGUAAAGCAAGGAGAGAGAAAGAGAGAGGAGAUUCUACCCUGUGUAAAUAGUUCUUAUUUAUUAACGCGACCAGCAGGGCAACGAGAAAUGUUGCAGAGCUGCGACGCCCUGUACAGUAAAUUCCUCUAGCUGAUAAAACAGUUUACCUAUAUCCGCGGAGAUGGAACGUGCAAACGAUAUCCAAAGAACGUCCGACGUCCAUGCUCGACCGGGUGCACUCGAGAUUUCUUUUUUUUUUUCUAUCGUUUCCUCUUUUUCUUUUAUUUUUUUGUUCCUUACAUCUCCUUUGUCCGUAAGCAUCCAUUGCACUCGUAGAUUGUUCGACAUAACCUAAACGUGAAAGUGCGUCACUUGACAUUAACCGGCGUUCUGUCGUACUACAAUCCCUCGUUAUCGAAGGUAUUUUGUUUCCAAGAUAGGAUAGUCUAUAUAAAUGAAAAGAAAUUAAAAGCUGAGGAAAGCUAGUUCGACAACGAGGGAUGCCAUUGUACAACUCAAAGCGGCCUUUGACAGUUAAAUUUAAGGAUAAACUUUUUAUUGUUAAGAGACCGUAACAAUAAAGAGAUGUGAAAUUAAA